AAUAGUGAUUGGGUGAAUAUGUCAUUUUGUGGCUAUCCGAACAGCAAUAUAUAUACUCUAUUGCAAUAAAAACUGAUUCCCUGGAAGUCACAACUCUUACUCAGUAGAUAUUUCUGUGACGUUUCUUGUCUCAUCCCGUAAGACACCAAUUUUCGUAAGUUGGUAUUGUCUGGGCAAGUGACUCCGCUACAUUGAGUGUGAAGUUCAUAUUUUGUUCAUAUUCCACUUUCGAGAAUGGAAGAAAUUGGGAUUAUUCUUCCGGACAAGGAAGAAUUUAGUCAAGAUGUGAAACCAGUAACUGGAACAGUAACUGGCACCGGAGAAGAUUUGGAUAUAGAAGAUCUGUACACCAAAUACAAGAAACUGCAAAGGCAAUUGGAGUUUCUUGCCGUGCAAGAAGAGUAUAUUAAAGAUGAACAACGAAACUUGAAGAAAGAAUAUUUGCAUGCCCAGGAAGAAGUGAAACGGAUACAGAGUGUACCAUUAGUAAUUGGCCAGUUUUUGGAAGCAGUCGAUCAAAAUACAGGCAUUGUUGGCAGCACAACUGGAUCAAACUACUACGUGCGCAUUCUGUCUACUAUUGAUCGAGAGUUACUGAAACCUUCUGCAAGUGUGGCCCUUCACAAACAUAGCAAUGCUCUAGUUGAUGUGCUUCCACCUGAAGCUGAUUCAUCUAUUUCCAUGCUGCAGGCUGACGAGAAACCAGACGUGCAGUAUUCUGAUAUCGGUGGCAUGGACAUGCAGAAACAGGAGAUUCGCGAAGCCGUGGAGCUGCCCCUCACUCAUUUUGAGCUUUACAAGCAGAUUGGCAUUGACCCACCGCGAGGAGUGCUGAUGUACGGCCCACCAGGCUGUGGAAAGACCAUGCUUGCAAAGGCCGUUGCUCACCAUACGACAGCUGCUUUUAUACGUGUGGUAGGGUCAGAAUUUGUCCAGAAGUAUCUUGGAGAAGGACCUCGAAUGGUUCGUGAUGUGUUCCGUCUCGCAAAGGAGAAUUCACCUGCAAUCAUCUUCAUUGAUGAAAUUGAUGCUAUUGCUACCAAGCGCUUUGAUGCUCAAACUGGAGCGGACAGAGAAGUGCAGAGAAUUCUUCUGGAGCUGUUGAAUCAGAUGGAUGGUUUUGAUCAAACAACCAACGUUAAGGUUAUCAUGGCUACCAACAGAGCAGACACCUUAGACCCUGCCCUUUUGCGACCUGGGCGUCUCGACAGGAAGAUUGAGUUUCCACUUCCAGACAGAAGGCAAAAGCGACUAAUCUUUUCAACCAUUACGUCAAAAAUGAACCUUAGUGAAGAGGUAGACUUGGAGGAUUAUGUAGCUCGGCCAGAUCGAAUUUCAGGAGCAGACAUAAAUGCGAUAUGUCAAGAGGAAUAUGAUUGA